CAUCUAUUGCCAGCCUUCAAGAAAAUUAUUAUAAUCUGUGUAUGAAAAAGUCCCAGAAAAUUAAUCCUUUUAUAUUGCAUAUACUUCAGGAAGUGGAUGAAGAGUGUAAAAAGGGGUUGGAAAAAAGAAUUACAUUAACUAUUGCUGGUAACAAUCGCUUAGUACCUGUAGAAAGAGUAACAGGUGAAGAUUUCUGGCUGCUUUCCAGAAUUUUAAAGACCACUCCAUAUAUUGAUGGUUUGGACAUUAGAUAUAACCUCUUACGAGAUGUUGGAGCAUACUAUGCUGCAAAACUGCUUCAGAAACAACUUUAUCUGACUUACUUAAACCUCAUGUUUAAUGAUAUUGGGCCCGAUGGUGGAGAAAUGAUUGCUAAAGCACUACAUAAGAACACAACUCUGAAAUACCUAAGAAUGACUGGAAACAAGAUUGAAAAUAAAGGUGGAAUGUUUUUUGCUGCAAUGCUACAAAUUAAUUCAUCCUUAGAGAAAUUAGAUCUGGGAGAUUGUGAUCUGGGAAUGCAAAGUGUGAUAGCAUUUGCUACAGUAUUGACUCAAAACCAAGCAAUUAAGGGAAUAAACCUAAACCGUCCUAUCCUGUAUGGUGAACAGGAAGAGUCUACAGUCCAUAUAGGCCACAUGUUGAAAGAAAAUCACUGCCUUGUUGAACUGCACAUGUGUAAGCAUAAUAUGAAAAAUUGUGGCUUAAAACAGUUAUGUGAUGCCCUGUAUCUGAAUAGUAACCUGCGCUACCUUGAUGUCAGCUGUAACAGAAUAACUCACGAUGGAAUGGUGUUUUUGGCUGAUGUACUGAAAAGCAAUAUUACUCUGGAAGUAAUAGAUCUUUCUUUUAACAGAAUAGAAAAUGCAGGAGCAAAAUAUCUCAGUGAAACUCUUGCUUCACACAACAGGAGUCUUAAAGCGUUGUCAGUAGUUAGUAACAACAUAGAGGGAGAAGGACUUGUUGCACUUUCACAAUCAAUGAAAACAAAUAUCACACUUUCUAAUAUCUACAUUUGGGGAAACAGAUUUGAUGAGGCUACGUGUGUGGCAUAUUCAGACUUAAUUCAAAUGGGCCGUUUAAAACCAGACAAUACAGAUGUAGAGUCAUUUGUGGUAGAUGGACAUGUGUAUCUGGCAGAAGUCUCCAAUGGCCUUAAAAAACAUUAUUAUUGGACACCAACUUACGGAGAAGCUUCCAACCAGUCAUCUAAUGCAGGUUUUGCCCUUGUAGCAAUAGGUGAACAUUUAUGAAAAACAAAUUCUAAAACAAUUUUCAUAUAUUUACUAUUUUCAUAGUGCUUAAUACUUUAUUGCCUAUUAAAUUCUCUUUCAUAAAUAAGAACAUGUGACUUUUGUCAAAUAUUUAAAAGAUAUAUCUGUGCUGAACUCUAUAUCAUUGCCCACUGUGAAAAACUGAAAUGUAA